AUGGCAAUUGUGAUACGAUACAUGGACAAAAAAGGGAAUGUCAUUGAGCAUUUUUUGGGUAUUCAAUAUGUUGCCAAUACCAAUGCUUUGUCACUCAAGGAUGCUAUGGAGAAUUUGUUUUGUCGACUUAGGUUGAGCACAUCCAGAUUGAGGGAACAAGGGUACGAUGGAGCUAGCAAUAUGCAAGGUGAGUUUAAUGACCUUAAAGCUCUAACACUAAAGGAAAAUCCAUGUGCAUAUUAUGUUCAUUGCUUUGCACAUCAAUUGCAAUUGGCUCUUGUGGGCUUGGCAAAAAAACAAGAGCAAAUUGGCAUGCUUUUUUAUUUUGUUAAUAGAGUGGUGAUUGUUGUUGGUGUGUCAUGUAAAUGUUGUGGUGUUCUUUGGGAGAAACAACUAGAAACAGUUGUUCAGGCACUUUGCAUUGGAGAGCUUUCAAGUGGGCAAGGCUUAAACCAAGAAACCAAUCUCCAAUGUCCUGGUGAUACACGUUGGGGAUCUCAUUAUAGAACUUUAGUUAGAUUGAUGGGUAUGUUUGAUUCAGUGAUUCAUGUUCUUGAAAUUAUUUCGGAGGAAGGUUCCAACACAGACCAAAAAGCAGAGUGGAAUGUAUUGAUGGACAAUUUGCAAUCUUUUGAGUUUGUACUCAAUCUUCAUUUGAUGAGAGCGGUUUUGGCUAUUACGUCGAAGUUAUCACUAGCUCUACGAAAAAAAGAUCAAGAAAUUGUGAAUGCUCUGACUUUGGUUCAAAUGUCCAAGAUAAGGCUCCAAAUGAUGAGGGACAUAUACACUGUUAUUGACUUGCAACUUCAAGAACUGAAUGAUCAUUUGACCAAGGCUAACAGUGAGUUGCUACUUUGUGUGGCAUGUUUGGAUCCACGCAACUACUUUUCUAGUUUUGACAAGAAAAAGUUGCUUCGUCUUGCCGAAUUUUGUCCAAAAGAAUUUUCUCCGGUUGACCUUAUGGUACUUUAUGAUCAACUAGAUAUGUACAUUUUUGAUAUGUACAGUAGUGAUGAGUUCUUGAGGUUGAAUGGACUCACUGAUCUUUCUGAAAAAAUGGUAGAGACGGGAAGAGAGAAACUGUAUCCUUUAGUUUACUUGCUCUUAACUUUGGCAUUACUUUUACCGGUUGCAACCGCUUCGGUCGAAUGA